UCCCUACCACCCUCCCCCAGCCCCGGAGACCUAGGCGGGGACCCCGGGAUCGGACGUCCCCGCGCCUCCGGGCACCUGGCUCAGCAGGAGUCCCCCGGGUCGGGGCAGGGCGGGGUCGGCAGCGGCGAGCCCGAGCCCCCCCGGCGCCCAGGCCCCUCGGAGCCCUCAGAACCCACCCAUGGGGUACCGGCUCCCCGCGUCCCCUCGCCCGGCCGCGCCCAGCUCGGCGCCCCCAGCCGCGCAGAGGAGGAGCCCGGCGCAGUGACCCGGGAGCCGCUGCAGGAAGCCUCGGCGGCGGCGGCGGCGGCGGCGGCGGCGGCGGCGGCCGAGGCUGGAGAGGCAGGCGGUUCCUCGCACCUCCAGACGCUUCCAGGCAGCCCUCCAAGCCGUGCCAGAGGCCCGGCUGGCCAUUCUCAGACAGAAGACGGACGCCCAGACAGGAGCCGCGCAGAGGAGGCCAAGGCCGCCAGCAAGAGGCUGCAAGGCCGGGUCCAGGGCCUCCUGACACCCGCUCCCCGCUCUGUGCCGCAGUCCCGAGCCAUGAUGAAGACCCUGUCCAGCGGGAACUGCACGCUCAGCGUGCCCGCCAAGAACUCGUACCGCAUGGUGGUGCUGGGCGCCUCGCGGGUGGGCAAAAGCUCCAUCGUCUCCCGCUUCCUCAACGGCCGCUUCGACGACCAGUACACGCCCACCAUCGAGGACUUCCACCGGAAGGUCUACAACAUCCGGGGCGACAUGUACCAGCUGGACAUCCUGGACACCUCCGGCAACCACCCCUUCCCUGCCAUGCGCAGGCUGUCGAUCCUCACAGGGGAUGUCUUCAUCUUGGUGUUCAGCCUGGACAACCGGGAGUCCUUCGACGAGGUCAAGCGCCUCCAGAAGCAGAUCCUGGAGGUCAAGUCCUGCCUGAAGAACAAAACCAAGGAGGCGGGGGAGCUGCCCAUGGUCAUCUGCGGCAACAAGAACGACCAUGGCGAGCUGUGCCGCCAGGUGCCCGCCACCGAGGCCGAGCUGCUGGUGUCGGGGGACGAGAACUGCGCCUACUUCGAGGUGUCGGCCAAGAAGAACACCAACGUGGACGAGAUGUUCUACGUGCUCUUCAGCAUGGCCAAGCUGCCCCACGAGAUGAGCCCCGCCCUGCACCGCAAGAUCUCCGUGCAGUACGGCGACGCCUUCCACCCCCGGCCCUUCUGCAUGCGCCGCGUCAAGGACGUGGACGCCUACGGCAUGGUCUCGCCCUUUGCCCGCCGCCCCAGCGUCAACAGUGACCUCAAGUACAUCAAGGCCAAGGUCCUUCGGGAGGGCCAGGCCCGUGAGAGGGACAAAUGCACCAUCCAGUGAGCGGGAGGGACGCCGGGGUGGGCGCUUGGGCGGUGCCUUCCGGGAAGUGCCCCCCCCCCCCCCCCGU